AUGGUGUCAGAAUCCAUAGAAAUCCAAAUACAACAUGGGCAUUCCAACUGUGCUAGCUUUACCUUAUCCAGCACAAGGUCAUGUCAAUCCCCUGAUGACUCUCUCACAGAAGUUGGUUGAGCAUGGAUGCAAAGUCUUUUUUGUGAACACAGACUUCGACCACAAGCGAGUGGUGAGUUCCAUGGUGGAGCAACAAGAUCAUAGCCUUGACGAAUCACUACUGAAGUUGGUCUCAAUCCCUGAUGGUUUAGGACCUGAUGAUGAUAGAAACGAUUUGAGCAAGUUAUGUGAUUCUUUGCUGAACAACAUGCCUGCUAUGCUUGAGAAGCUCAUGAUAGAGGAUAUUCACUUCAAAGGUGACAAUAGAAUCAGCCUUAUUGUUGCGGAUGUGUGCAUGGGAUGGGCGUUGGAUGUUGGGAGUAAAUUGGGAAUCAAAGGAGCCCUGUUGUGCCCUUCAUCAGCAGCUUUUUUUGCCCUGCUGUACAACGUCCCUAGGCUUAUUGAUGAUGGGAUCAUAGAUUCUGAUGGUGGAUUAAGAAUAACUACUCAAAGGACAAUUCAGAUAUCACAAGGUAUGCCUGAGAUGGACCCGAGAGAGCUUUCUUGGUUGAAUAUGGGUAACACCAUAAAUGGUAAGAUAGUACUCAAUUAUCUGAUGCAGUAUACACAGAGAUUGAAUAUGACAGAAUGGUGGCUUUGCAACACCACAUAUGAACUUGAACAUGCGCCAUUAUCAUCUAUUCCUAAGCUUGUACCAAUUGGUCCAUUGCUGAGAAGUUAUGGUGAUACAAUUGCAACUGCAAAAACAAUCGGACAAUAUUGGGAAGAAGAUCUAUCCUGCAUGAGUUGGCUUGAUCAACAACCUCAUGGUUCUGUCUUGUAUGUUGCCUUUGGUAGUUUCACUCAUUUUGACCAAAACCAAUUCAAUGAACUAGCUCUUGGACUUGACCUCACCAAUAGACCUUUUCUUUGGGUUGUGCAUCAAGACAAUAAGAGGGUAUACCCUAAUGAAUUCUUGGCGUGUAAAGGUAAGAUUGUGAGUUGGGCUCCUCAACAAAAGGUGCUAAGCCACCCUGCUAUAGCAUGUUUUGUCACCCAUUGUGGUUGGAAUUCUACCAUAGAAGGUGUGUCCAAUGGGUUGCCUCUCUUGUGUGGCCAUAUUUUGGAGACCAAAUAUGUAACAAAACGUACAUUUGUGAUGAGUUGAAGGUUGGGUUGGGUUUUGAC